UUUCAAGUUAAAAGCUGCAUUUUGCCCAGAACCUCCUACAAAGCCGAACACGUUUGAGUCACAGCACAUUUGUUGUAAAUCAAGUAACGGCCCAGCAUUGCUGAAAUGUUGAGGUUGUCUCGAUGUUUCCGUCGAGCAAGUGUCGCGGAUCGGGGCUUUUAGGCUGAAAGAUGACCGCACCCGCCAGUUUGUCUUCGGCUGGCUCCAACAUGACGGAAGACAGAAUCACGCCGGCGCAGGAGGAGUGUCAAUACAGCAGCUGUUACUGUGAAGAAAAUGUGUGGAAGCUCUGCGAUUUUGUCCGGCGAGAGGGAAGCGCGCCUCUCCCAGAAGUCUUUGCGGUUUUCAUCUCCAAUGACAACAGAACGGUGAGCCGGCGCGGUCGCGCCUCGGCGUCGUCGCCUCACGCCGACUAUUUUUUUUUUUGCCCUCAGGUUCCUUUGUGGGAACAGAAGUCGGCGUGCGGAGAGCGAGCCGUCGUUUGGGAUUAUCACGUGCUUCUCCUUCACGCGAGGCCCUGCCGCGAGGCCGCCGUUUAUGACCUGGACUCCGCUUUGCCCUUUCCGUGCGGCCUCAAAGAAUACGCCGCGCGCGGCUUUCGUCCCGACGACGCCCUGGAAAGCCGGUACCGCAGGAAGUUGCGCGCGGUUCCCGCCGACGUUUUCCUGUCAAAGUUCGCGUCGGACCGCUCGCACAUGAAGAACGCCGACGGCUCGUGGAGGACGCCUCCCCCGCCUUACCCGCCCAUCUCCGUCGCAGAUUGUAGCAUGAACCUGGACGACUUCAUCUGCAUGGAACCCACCCGGGGCUGGGGCCAGGUUUUCACUCUGGAACACUUUCUCCGGCGCUACCUGACGCCCGCGCCUGUGCCGUCGCUUCCGUAGUUGCUGUCUUUUGGAUUCUACCUCAAUCAUUUCUGACUUGUUGUUGUAAAACCUUACACUAUAAUGAACCUUUUUCCAAAAAAGAGUUGACAUUGCUAAGAUGUGGCACCGAACAACUUGUCUGCGUACCGUAUCUGUGACCUUAGUUGUAAGACGAACUGUUUAAUAAUAUGGGCCAACUGAUAAUAUCGGCCAAUAAAAGCAUUUCAAAUGAUAUCGGUAUUGCUUGUGCCGGCUUAUAAAUUUACGUACAAGCCUAUGGCCUUUGUGCGCGCGCGGGCCGGUCACGGCAGCUGUGACCUCUCCAAACAAAGAUGUGUGGGAUUUGUUAACUGAGGAACAGGCCUUAAUCACUCCAGGUGCACAAAUACAACGAACAAUACUGAAGGAUAAGCUCAUCACAUGUAACUAUUGCAUCACCAGAAAAAAAGUCGUCAAAAAUGUGUUCAAGAGAUGCAUGCAUCUUGCAAAAUGCAUCUUGGACGGCUAAAAUGCAUUUGGCUGCUGCUGAUCCAUUGGCGUGUCCUAUGAUUGCCUGCCUGUAUAUGUAAUGGCGAGGUUAGUGGCGGAUUUAUUUGUUUUCGUGAAGCGUCGAGACGAGCCGGCCGAGGCGGCUCGGGCAUCCGGUUCCGACGCCUCCCCGGAGAGGCGUUCCGGGCACGUCCCGCCGGCGGGAGGCCCCAGGACGCGCCGGAGAGACCGCGUGUCUCGGCUGAGCCGGGAACACCUCGGGACCCCGCCGGAGGAGCCGGUCGAAGUGGCUGGGGAGAGAGGGAAGUCCGGGCUUCCCCGCUAAAGUCGCCGCCCCCGGGACCCGACCUCGGAGCGAGCGGAAGAUGAUGGGGGCGUGGCGGCGUCUCAAGGAAACGACAACAUUUUGGUGUCCGGGAUUUCCGACGCGUGCGGCGACUCGUCGGAGCUCUUGCGCGGAUCCAGCGGGGUCAUCGCCAGUCCCGGUUGGCCUUUCCGGUACCCGGCCCGCCUCAACU